AUUUUGUCCUCUUUCCUGGCUUCGAUACGUGACCAUACUUCGCUUCUACUUCGUCUCCGUCGAGCUGCACAUGCAGUGGAUCGUGUCUCGACUUUCCCGUUGGUUUUUGCGCGCGCGGCAUUUUAGGUAAAGAUACAAAUGUAUCUUUCUGAAUUUGUCGUCGGCGUGUGAACGUGCGAGAAAUCUGGAUCCGGACAACGGAAAAACACGCAAAGAAAAAAAUUGGCGAUGGUCAAUUGACAGGAGUCGCAGACGGGCCUGAAGACGGAAGGAAACAGAGGCAAGCAGCCCCCCUUAUUCCGCUGACCUUUAACAGGAGCACCCUUCCUUGUUUCCUUACCACCACCAUGGCUCCUUCCAGCAUCGUGACCUUGGACAAGCACGGCAAAGAGAUCACUUCUGUCGGAUUCAAUCGAUUUGGAUUCGACAGCGAGGUCUCCAUCGACGACCUUCGUGCUCUCUAUUUGCGUCCUCAUUAUAUCACGACGGCGGGCCAAAGUGUUGCGGCGACCGCGUCCGAUGACGAGGAGACCGAGCAUGCCAAGUUUUCCAAGGGGCACACUGAGUAUCAGUCCAAGUCUAUUUAUCACUCGGAUUCCAACUCUAUCUCGUACACGACUCUCACUCGUUUCACCCCCGUUAGGCUCCUUGCUCCAUCCAACCGCAAGCGCAUCCUCGUUACCGGAGGCGCCGGCUUCGUUGGCUCUCAUCUCGUUGACCGUUUGAUGCUCCUUGGUCAUGAAGUCACCGUCCUGGACAACUUCUUCACUGGCUCGAAAACCACUGUCAGCCACUGGAUUGGCCAUCCCAACUUUGAGAUGGUUCGUCACGACGUCGUUGAGCCCUUCAUGAUUGAAUGUGACCAAAUUUACCAUCUUGCGUGCCCUGCGUCUCCUCCCCAUUAUCAAUUCAACGCGGUCAAGACUAUCAAGACCUCGUUCAUGGGAACCUUGAACAUGCUCGGAUUGGCGAAGCGUACCAAGGCUCGUUUCCUUAUUAGUAGCACAUCCGAAAUUUACGGUGACCCUGAGGUCCACCCUCAGCCUGAGGAUUACUGGGGACACGUCAACCCCAUUGGUCCUCGUGCUUGCUACGAUGAAGGCAAGCGUGUAGCAGAGACUUUAACUUAUGGCUUCCAGCGCCAGGACGGUGUGGACGUCCGUGUUGCUCGUAUCUUCAAUACAUACGGACCCCGCAUGAACCCCUACGAUGGACGUGUCGUUUCAAACUUCAUCGUCCAGGCACUCAAGGGGGAAGACCUCACCGUCUACGGCGACGGCAAGCAGACUCGAUCCUUCCAAUACGUGCACGACCUCAUCGAUGGUUUAAUUGCGCUCAUGAACUCUGACGAGUCCCGCCCAGUCAACAUCGGUAAUGGUGAUGAGUUCACCAUUGGCGAGUUCGCCGAACUGGUUCGUGAGAUCGUCGAGAAGGUGCAAAAGGAGGAUGGAGAGUUGCCGACGCGUCGCCCUGAAAUUGUGUACAAGCCGAUUCCGACGGAUGACCCCCAGAAGAGGAGGCCUGAUACCACCCGUGCCAAAGAGAGCCUUCAGUGGCAACCUAGGUGGACCGUCCGUAUGGGAUUGGAGGAGAUGGUGCGCUACUACAAGGCGAAAAUGGCCGAAGGAAGCCUCUAGGCUUGUUAGGUUAAAUACGGUAUUUCCGAAGUUUACUAGAUUUUCCCUUGUUAUCGUCUCUGACCAGUGUCUUUCUUUCAUUUCAUUCCUUUACUUAAUUGGUGGACGCGUCGAGUCUAUGAGGGGUAUAUAAAUGAUACAUAAGAUACAGAUAGGUAUUAUAAAUGGUGUUAAGAUCACAUCUGGACAUGGAAAAUGACGCAUAGAUGAUAAGGAUAAUUGU